CAUCUACCGAAAUGUAAUGUACCGUCAUGGCGACGUUACCACCGCGGAAAAAUCCGACUCCAACGAAAAUUUUAAAACAACAUUUAACCCCUUUGCAAACGCUUUUACAGUUGGGUUUUCCAAAACACCGAGCAGAAAAAGCAUUAGCCGCUACAGGACAUCGAGGUAUUCAACUUGCAUCCGAUUGGCUAGUGGCUCAUGUCAGAGAUCCUACUUUGGAUACCAAUACCCAUAGACAAUACGUUUUAUAUGCUUGUCCUACGGGUGAAUUAGCCGAGGAGCUUAUGAAAUUUUGGGCAGAGAGCAAAGAACUGAUAUGGAAUGGAGCACAUAACUAUGUACCACAUAUAACACUUGUGUCAUUAUUUAAUGCACCAGAUGAAUCUACAGAAGAAUUAGUAAAUGCCCUUGAAAAUAUAGUUAACCAGAAUGAAUUAUUAGACAAUAUUGAAUUAGAAACUUACAUUUCGCCCAAUUUUAUGGGUCUUUUUGUCAAAGAAAUAAAUGCUGAAUGGCUGAAAAAUAUUGCUGUCCGUUAUGUAAAUAAACUUACGAGUUUAGGCAUUUCAGCAGAACCCCAAAUAAAAUCAUUGCAUUUGACAUUAGCAUAUCAAUUUCCUGGCAAUUUAUAUCAACAGCUACGUUUAAUGGUAGAAAAAUUGACACUCACAGCUCCGACUAAUUGGGAACUCAGAUUGUAUUCUAGAGAUUCUAGACUGCAAAAUGCACAUGUACAUAAAGUUACGCAUGCUCACAUGCCUAGAGAACAUGAUGAAUUAGAAUUAAGAGUGGGAGAUUACAUUUAUAUUCCAGAAGGGGCAUGUAAUUUAUCUACAGAUGGUUGGGUUGAAGGUGUAUCUUGGUUAACUGGUACUUCUGGCCAUCUACCUUUAAAUCAUACAAAACGUACAGCUGAAUCAGAUUCAUGGACCUUGCAUACUACUAUACCAAUUACUGACAAUAGGAAUGAAAUAGAAAAGGAAGAAAUACCUGUCACUCGUAAACCACCAGUAUUAUCAUCAAGUGAUUCUGUAGAUAGCCCUGAUGGAAUUGCAACAACCAAUGAACCAAUGGAGGCUUCUGAAGCACCUUCAAGUUCCUCAAGACAAAUUUUUAUAUGCCGCCACGGGGAAAGGGUAGAUUUUACGUUUGGAGCAUGGAUUCGUUAUUGCUUUGAACCAAAUGGUUCAUACGUUCGCAGAGAUUUGAACAUGCCAAAAGAGAUACCAUCGAGAAAUAUACAAGACUUCCGAAAUGACAGUCCAUUAACUACUGUAGGUGAAGUGCAAGCAGGUUUGGUAGGAGAAGCUAUGAAAUCAUCCAGUAUUAAAAUAGAUGUGGCUUUUACAUCGCCGUCGUUAAGAUGUAUACAAACGUUAGCUCACAUUUUAAAAGGGUUAGAUUUAAACAUUCCAAUGAAAAUAGAGCCUGGCCUUAUAGAGUGGUUGGCAUGGUAUCCAAAUGGUGUUCCAGUUUGGAUGACAUCCGAAGAAUUAAUAAAAGCUGGCUUUAACAUAGACAAAACCUAUGAUCCAAUCAUCAAAACAAAAGAACUUCCACUAAAAGAGAAUGCAGCACAGUAUUAUGAAAGGAGUUACGAAUUAAUCAAACAAAUUAUUGAAAAUACAGUAGGAAAUAUUUUAAUUGUAGCUCAUGCUGCAUCUUUAGCAGCUUGUACUAGACAAUUAACAGGUGGUGGAAUUCCACCGGCUUCGGAAGUUACUAAAUUAGCUCAAAAAGUACCAUAUUUAGCAUGUCUAACAGCGCGUGAAGGGAUGGAUGGCUGGCAACUUUAUCCACCUCCAUUCCCCCCUAUAACGCAUACCAGUAAUACUAGAUUUGAUUGGAAAGUAUUAUUAUAAGGAAUAAGUAAGGUUUUAAGUAACAUUCGCUUCUUUUUGUCUUUCGACAUAUAUAAAUAGAUCUUAACUAUAAAAGACUGUUUAACAAGUUUUCUGUAACGUAUUAGCUUAUACAAAGUAUAUUAAAAAGA